CAGGCACUUUGAAGUUCUAAUUUUUUUUUUACCGGGUUUGUCUUGCCGCUGCAAAGCCGUCGCCUUGCAGGCUGACCCGAGGCAACCUCGGAGUUCUGGCGCUCUGGCGCCCAGGGCGGGCAUGUUGGGCCGUCUCCAGCCUUGCGCGCUGCGAGCGCGGCUGGGCGCCUGGUUCGGGGCUCCCGGGGCCCGGUCGUGCGUUUCCGACGGGGAUCGGCGGGGAUCGGCUCCCCACGGGCCUCGGAGGGAGUGGACGCUGCCGGUGAGCCCGUUCGGGCGGCUGAAGGCGCGGCUCCCGUGCCACCUGCUCGUGCGGCCCCUGGAUCCCCACGCGCACCCGGGCGGCGACCGCGUGCUGGUGGCGGUGUGCGGCGUGGGGCUCGAGGCGGGCGGCCUGGACGGCCUGCAGGUCGAGUACGACGCUGCCCGGCAGGAGAUGGCCAUCCUGUCCGACGACAUCGACCCCCGGGCGUCGGUGGAGGUGAACGCGCCCGUCAAGUUUGAUUUGAAUAUCGAGUCGUCGGGGUCCGGCUCUGUAAAGGUACAGAAUAUUGAAUGUGAUCGCUGUGAAAUCAGCACUGCACAGGGGGCCAGUGUCUUGCAGGCUGUGAAGAGCCAAAAUUUGCACGUCCAAACGAAAGGAGGCAAUGUGAUCUGUCUGGGAACGGUUUACGGAAACAUAGAUAUCCAAGCCUCACACUACAGUAGUGUGACCGUAGAUAAACUUCAGGGAAGUUGCGUUAAUAUAUCUACAGAGGAUGGCUUACUCAAAGUCAAGUAUCUUUAUACAGAAUCUUCAUUUUUGUCUUCGGCUGCUGGGGAUAUUGCAUUAGGAAAUGUUCAUGGAAAUAUCGUAUUACAAAGCAAGAUGGGUAACAUUACAGUAGAUUCGUCCUCUGGGUGUCUGAAGGCCUCAAGUCAGCAGGGUGCCAUAGAUGUUUAUAUCAGCCAGCUGGAGGAAGUGGCACUGACUUCACAGGAAGGCUCUAUUACUGUCAAGGCCCCAUCUUCUCUAGGAGCUUAUUUAAAGUUAUCAGGGAAAGAAGUGGUUGUGGAUGCAGACGCUCAAGUUCAUGACAUGGCCAAGGAUCAUAAAGGUGGCAGCGUGACGGUCACAGGACUCAUGAAUCAAGCAAGGAAUCAGGAAAGGUGGAUAACCGCCGUUGCCCCCAAAGGCACCGUGAGUUUUAAACAUCAGAGCUGGUUUCAGUCUCUAAAACUGUCGGACUGAGAACGGCUUCGCCGUGUCUGUCAAUUCUCACGUGGUGUAGCAGACCUGUGUGUGUGAAAAUGUCGCAGACAACAGCAUCAGCGGGAAUGCUGGCGAGCUGUCUCGGGAGUUCUGCAAAGGUGCACUUCACUACAGUUUGUUUUCUAUUGCUGUGUUCCGAGUUACAGAAGCCCCAGGACAUGUUUGAGGCCUCCAGGAUGCCUGAAACCACAGGCAGUGUCAACUCCUGUAAACCGUGUUUCUUAAUAACACACAUGCCAGCUGAACGCCUUUUCUGUUCAACUAAGCGGUUACAUACUCCAAGCAAAACUCUGGCAGUUCUUCCAAUAGCAAACAGAUGCUUCCUUCCUUCUUGGCGGGGUCCUACCAGUGCAUCCACCCUGACCACAGGGCCCAGCUGCCUCAGCGGAUGACUUGUUUUCUUACCAAGUCAAGAACUUUUACAUUUUUCCUUAAAGCAUUUUGUGGCUUCUCUUUGUCAGACCCAAUGCAAAUGUCAUUACAACUGUACCUUAGCGCCAUUACCAACAUAAGGACUUCUUGGACUCUGGCACCGUGACACCACUGUGAUGGCUGGAAGGCCAGUGUGGCCACUGCGUGUCUGACGGACAGCUAGUAUACACAGAUAGCAUGAUGUGCACGCAAAGGAACGGCUCACAACCUGGACGGAACAGCGUAAGGCUUCCUCCUGCUGCUUCAGGUGACACACAAUUUAAAACUUAUGCUUUACUUCAGAAUUUAUCAGCUACAAGUUACUGAAGAAAUAAAAAGCGAAUCCUUGGAUGGGGGCAAGAGAACAGUUCUACCAGAUUUAACGACUUCAGAUGGCCUUUAGCAGCUUAUAGUUGGUGAUGUGGGCAUUGUGCUCCGUGCGUCUCUCGGCUGGAUGUUAUCUGGGCUGCAGGGAGAAGGCUCCCAGGUUCACUCACAUUAUAGGGAAAUCUCAUUAUUUAUGCCUGUGUGACUCUGUUGUCUUGCUGCCUUCCACAAAGGGUAACUCUUUCCGUAUGCCAUCUCCUUCCUCGUGGGGACACACGGAGCCCUCCUGCUCUGAACGUCUGACUUCCAUAUAAGCUGGAGAAAGCUCUGCUUGGUUGGCCAAGAUAUUUAACCUGAUUCUGGGCAUGUCACAUCCUCUCCACGAGGCCCACUCAAGAGAUGACUGUGUCAAGGCCCAGGUGUCCGUCACCUUAGGAUUGUUACUGCAGCCCACUGGAGAGAGUUUCUUAGAACCUCCUGUAGCACGUCUUUAAGUUGUGAAUCAAACACUUCUCAUGUAGGAGAAGCAGUUGCUUCUGAUUUACUGUGUCUUCACAGUGGGAAAGAACUGUUACUCUGUCAUGAGAUGUAUGAAGGUACAAUCACUUUUAUAAGGCGGGCUAUGAUUUAUAGAAUUCCUCUAUGAACUCCAUUCCUUUAGAAAUGGCUACUACAGCAUUAACUAUACUACACUGAGCAGAUCAAUUUUUUGGAUUAUAUUUUGAUAAAUUAGUGAUUAGACACUGAUUUCAA